GUAGUGCUGUGGAAAGAAUAUUACUAAAUACUGCUUGCCUUGAUAGCCAACAAUGAUCUUCUCUACAUGCCUUCAAUAUCUUUUGGAAGAAUGGCUUCCUAACUAUCUUCUUUAUAUAGUUUUUUACUCAGUGCUGCUGCUUGCUAUUAUAUUAUUUGCCGUUCCACUUGCAUUCAUAUUAUUUUUAUAUUUUACUGCUUUAUUCCUCCUCUUGUAUGAAAGGACUUGCAAACUGAAUGGAAAUUAUUCCAGUAUUAUAUGGGAUCCUGUGAGGCUAAUAAUAGCAAUCAUAUUGGAUGGAUAUGGAAGAUUAUGGCAUGGGUAUGAGCUACAUGGCAUUGAAAACAUACCAGAUGGGCCAGGGCUAAUUAUUUAUUACCAUGGAGCAGUUCCCUUGGACUACUUGUAUUUUCUGGCUAAAAUUUUUAUUCUGAAGCGCAGGUGUUGUUACUCAAUAGCAGAUGAUUGUGUUUUCAUAUUUCCAGGUGUUCAAGCAUUAACUGGUGUGACAGGUAUUAUUCAAAAUAAAAAGGAAGAGUGUUUAAAUGUUCUCAAGAAAGGCAAGCUACUUGGAAUUUCUCCAGGAGGAAUGAGAGAAGCACUCUUCAGUGAUAAAUCAUACAAGCUCAUAUGGCAUAAGCGUAAAGGUUUCGCUCAGUUAGCUGUAGAUAUGAAAGUGCCUAUUAUACCCAUGUAUACACAAAAUAUUCGAGAAGGAUAUUGGAUCUUUGGGCAAUCAAGUACCUCCAGCAUCCUGCUAUGCGCUGUCUUUUCAUUUGAAUCUUUGCACUAUUGGUAAGCUUCUGAUAAGCUUGUUACCCUUUGCAGAAAUCUUUCCUUGGUUGUUAACUUGAUCAGAUUAUUGGCAAGCUCCUUCAGUAUCUAGAAUGCAAUUAAUUUGACCCUGGAGACUUAAAUUCAUUCUAAAUAAAUCCCCUGACCAUGCUUCUUUGAGUUUCAAGGUACAACCCAUCUUCUUUAUCCUGGUUUUUUUAAAUGGCAUUGUAAAGCAUGUUAUUUUGUUGGAAACGAAGAAAACAAGAGAUAUUCAAUAGCAGUCUUCUCUGUUAGUAUUGUUCUGUUUUACAUUUUACACACGUGUGUGUGUGUGUGUGUGUUUCAUUUUUUAUUAUUUUUAUACAUAUUAUAAUUCUUCCCUUUUUAUAAAAACUGUUUUAUUUCUUGAUUUUCUUUUAUAUAUGUUUUCUACUUUUUUUAAUAAAUGCUCUGCUCUACUUCUUUGGGACUUACAAACAGACAAUGUCGGCUGGCGGCCCCCAGGGGAAGAUCCUUCUCUGUGGGGGCCCCCACUCUUUGGAAUGAACUUCCCCCUGGUUUACGUCAAAUACCUGACCUUCGGACCUUUCGCCGCGAACUGAAAACAUAUCUGUUUGUUCGUGCGGGGCUUUCUUAAAUUGUUUAGUUUUAAAUUUUAAAUUUCUCUCUGGUUUUAAUUGGGGUUUUUUAGAUUUUUAACUAUUUUAAUUUCGGCCACACUGUAUAAUAAGUUUUUUAAUUUUAUUUUAACUGUACAUUGUUUCUUUUUACUUUGGCUGUACACCGCCCUGAGUCCUUCGGGAGAAGGGCGGUUUAUAAAUCUAAUAAAAUAAAUAAAUAAAUAAAUAAAUAAACAGUACCACAAGAGGAAAAACAACUAUUUGUCUGCCUCUUGUGGAGCUAUAAAAAAUACUACAUAAUAAAUUUUUGCAUGAAAAAUAAUAAAGCCAUGGGGAAAGUGUCUGGUAACAUUGUUACAUGCAAUGUGUAAGCAAUGUUUGUAUUCCUACCUAUGGGGGACUCAAAUAACACUUGCAAUAGGUGUAAAUUGGUUAGAUUACUUGAAGAAAAGGUGAAGAAUUUGAAGGCAAGUCAAGCCUCUAAAACUCAUGACACUCCCGUACUAGACACUUUAAAGUUUGUUUAUUUAUCAAAUUUAUUACAAUCCUAGAUUGUAUCAACAGAGGGAUACCAUCAAGUUCAUGAGAAAUGAUACCGUUCUAUACUGAACUAGGAAUACUGUAUCCAGUUCUGGUUGCCAAAUACAAAUAAGAUUGUGAGACCCUAGAAACUGCAAAGAGCAAAGAAGAUGAUAAAAGGUCUGAAGGCUAAAUGAUAUGAUGACCAGCUGAGGGAGCUAGGUAUGUUUAGCUUAUCAAAGAAAAGGAUUAAGGGGGGUAGGUCCCUUUCAGCCUAUGUUUCUGUGUUCUAAUGUUGACAAGACAGGUUUUUUUUAGCCAAGUUUGUAACAAUGUCAAGUGAAUUUCUGCUUCUUGUUCAUAAUUUCAAGAGUACAGGAAGCUUUUAUUUAGAUCAGGACUGAUAGAUCGGUGAUUCCUAUCUCACUGGUACAUGCUACUCCUAGCAACCAAAUCUGCUGAUAUUUCUCAACUAUAAAUUAUGGCUGAGAAAAUUGUUGCUUUAAAUGUUGUUAUUGAAAGGUCCUAAUCUUGUCUAAGUUUUGUUGUGGUCCGCCAGCGUCCUGCAGAGCUGGCAGCAGAGUCAGACAGUGAGGAGUUUGGAGAGGAACAUGAGCCAGUCUUAGAAUCUGGGGAAGGCUCAGACGGGGUUCUGCGACAGAGGCAGAGAAAGGGCCAUCUAGGAGGUACGUGCUGCCUUCGGACUCUCAGCGGACUUCAGUGAGGCAGAGGAACAGAGGGCUGUUCCCAGUGUGCACUUGCGCAGAGCUGCCAGAAGGCAAGAACAGUUAAAACAAAAGGGACGACUUGGGAGUAGAGCUUGGAGAUGAUUAUGGAGCCCCUCCCAUAAGACUUAAAAGAGGAGCAAAGGCACGUGGGCCUUUGCAGGAAGCGGCGUUGUUAAUUCUGUUCUGUUUAAAGCCUGAAGCUCUGUUUGAUUCUGGACUCCGCCAAUUAGGUCUUUGGCAGCGUGUCAAGGGAGAUAAAGGUGGGUGAUUAUCCCGAAGGACUUUUUACUACUAUUUGGGACUCAACAGUGAAUGAACAGAAUUCACAGCUGUUGCAAUAAAAGAGGUUUUUGGGACUACUCGUGUGUUUUACUGACUCAGGAAGUCUAGGUCAGAACAAGUUUUUCAAUCUCUGCUUCUUUAUUAACAGUAACUCAGUGUAAAAGGAGAUCACACUUUGAUAGCAGAUAAUCUGAUGUGCUGAAAAAAGGAGGGCAUCCUCAAGUUACCAACAGCACCAACUGAUUUUAUCUGUAGAUCUUUCAAAUUACAUUUUUAAUUUUAAAAUUGCUAAAAUCUAGCAGCUGAAAAGUUUACCAUGCCCUGCCUGAGAAGAAGAAUUGCAGUUUUCAUCUUAAAUUAUACUAAGAAAGUAAAAUCAAAUAGAGAAAGGUUAAUUCUUGAGACAGAAUUCUCAGUGCUAGGCAAAUUUGUAAUUCUUGUAGUUCCUAUGAAGAAAAAGAAGCCUGUUAUUAAAACACAGCAGCCUGCAAUUACUGCAGGUUCAAGCCCCACCAGGCCCAAGGUUGACUCAGCCUUCCAUCCUUUAUAAGGUAGGUAAAAUGAGGACCCAGAUUGUUGGGGGGGGGGGCAAUAAGUUGACUUUGUAAAUAUACAAAUAGAAUGAGACUAUUGCCUUACACACUGUAAGCCGCCCUGAGUCUUCGGAGAAGGGCGGGAUAUAAAUGUAAAUAAAUAAAUUUAAAAAAAGUAUGAUUUAAGGCACAAACAAGUAACAAAAGUGAUCUUACUUUAAAAUCAAAUUCUAUUUCUCACAGAUCUGUAGGUUGAAUGUGUAAUCAUAUAUAUAAUUAUUUUUAAAACAGCAGUUUAAGUACUCAUAUUUUGGGGGGAAAUAAUAAAUCAUAUUAGAAUAAGCAAAUAUAUGCAUUUCUAUCUGUGGGAUUAUUUUUCCUUUGCAGAGUAUUUCCAUAAUUACUAUUUAAUUUAAUUGCCCAUGUAAUCAAAAAUUUAGCUAACAUAGUCUGUGGAAUCUAAAGAUAAAGGCAUGAUAUAUGGGCAUCUGGCAAUUCAAAUGUUAACAAAGAGAAAUCCACUAGAUUCUAGUGAAAUUUUGUUUGAUUCCAGAGGAAGCACUAGAUGAAUUAAGCUUUGCCCAGGGAACAGGAGAGAAAAGCAGUUUUCCUUGUGCCCCUUUUCUCAUUGGUUCCUUUUGCUUGGGGGAAAAAUCCCUACUCUAACUGGUGCAACCAGCUAUGGUACAAAACUGAACAAUGUAGAAGGAGAUAUAUGUAUGUAUGUAUGUAUGUAUGUAUGUAUGUAUGUAUGUAUGUAUGUAUGUAUUACUGAAUCUGGGCUUCUACUGAAGCCCAACAACUCUAAAAGCUCUUCAUAAAACUUUUCCAAUUGUGAAAUAACCAGCCAACAUACAACCCAGGAAAUAGACAAUAUGGUUUCUUUCAGCAAUUUUUUCCUAUGUUAAUAUGUUAUACAGAUUCCUUGUUCUCCAACUAAAACAAUGGAUUUUGUUAAACCCAUUUUUAAGGGAGUGACUUUGGGAUGCAAUACUAAAUAGAAGCCUCUGUAUUUUAAUCUUUUGCUUGCCAGAAACUGUAUAUGUGUGUGCGUGCGCACAUGCAGAUGUGUAUAAUUUUUAUUUAAAUGAAUAGUUUUAUGACUAUGUUGCAGCUGAAGAGCAACUAUAGUUCUCUAGAGCAGGGG